AUGAGUUGGAAAUUAUUCUAUGUAUUCAUUCUGUGUUUGGUCGAGAUGGCGCUCUAUAUGGACAGAUUGGCGGUGGCAAGUGUCCUAAAAGAUAUCCAAGACUACUAUGAUGUAAACGAUUCGCAAGGCGGUUUAGUGCAAACUGUCUAUUUCGGGUUUUUCUUCAUUUUCACCCCACUUUUCGGCUAUUUGGGGGACAGAGCAUCGAGAAAAUGGCUUCUUUCUGUUUGCAUUUCCCUUUGGAUUGGUCUUGUCGUGGCUUCAUCGUUGAUACCGAAGAAUUUAUGGGCUCUAUUCCUUGUUUCUCGGGGUCUCUCGGGAAUCGGACAAUCUUCAUGCACCGUUUUGGCGCCCACCAUAAUCGCUGAUCUCUACUCGGGUACAAAGCGAUCGAUGGCGUUGAUGAUGUUUUUCUUCAUGAUUCCCAUUGGAAGUGGACUUGGUUUUUUGAGCGGAAGUCACAUUGGAUCGGCGCUUGGACAUUGGCAAUGGGGUAUUCGAUUCACGGCGAUGUUGGGUGUUUUCAUCGCCCUUUUGGUGAUUAUUUUCCUUCGUGAACCGCGUCGACAACAAGAAAAUGAAACGACGAGAAGAGGGCAAACAUUCUGGCAAGAUUGCCUCAAAAUUGUUGUUGUUCCAACCUAUAUUUUGUCAACUCUCGGGCUAACCUGUGUGAUGUUCUUGACGGGUUCUCUCGAAUGGUGGGCUCCCACAUUGAUCGAACAUGGAAAAGCCUCAAAAUUGAAUCUAAGCAAGACUGAAGAUUUGACGGACAAUGAAAAAGACAAUAUCACAUUGGUUACCGGAGCGAUAACAUUAGUUUCGGGACUUUUCGGUGUCGUGAUGGGGUCAUUGAUAGCUCACUGGCUCAAAAUAGGCAAGGGACCAUUUCGACGGCUCAAAACGCAAAGCGCCGAUGCAUGGGUUUGCACGAUCGGUGCGCUCAUUUGCAUUCCGACAAUGGCCGUCGGCUUUCCACUGGCAAAGGAUCAUUUGGCAAUUGCUUAUGUUCUCUUUUUCAUCGGUAUUACCGCCGCUUGUUGCAAUUUAGCCGUAGUGAUCGAUUUACAGUUGUCAGUGAUUGCUCCGAGUCGAAGAAACACGGCAAAUUCAUGGCAAACUCUUGUUUCAUCAAUACUCGGUGAUGCUACUGGUCCAUACAUUGUUGGAGCUAUAUCGGAUGGAGUACGAAAAGGGUCAACACCAUCAGAUCAUUUCGAUUCUCUCGUCAAAGCUUUCUAUUUUCCUGUUGGAGUUUUGGGUCUAGCAACAAUACUAUUUUUCGCAUCAGUUUUAACAACAAAACGAGAUCUUCGGAAAAUUGAAUUAGAACAAGAACUUGAAAAGAGUAGACCGAUUUCCACGACAAAUUUGGAUUGGUCAAAUAGUGUUUCGAAACAAUGGGAA